AUGUUAAAAUUUAUUUUUAUAAUAUUAUUUAUAUUUUUUUUAUCUUUUUUUAAGAAUUUUUUUUGAACGGUUCAAAAUUUAUUAUUUUUAAUAAGUUUUAUAUUUAUAUUAAGUUUAAGUUCUUUAAAUUAUUUUAAUUAUAUUUCUUACUAUUUUGGGAUUGAUAUAAUUUCUUAUGGAUUAAUUUUAUUAAGAUUUUGAAUUUGUUCAUUAAUAUUAAUAGCAAGAGAAAAAGUAUUUUAUUAUAAUAAUUAUGAAAAAUUAUUUAUUUUUAUAAUUUUAUUUUUAUUAUUAAUAUUAGUAUUAACUUUUAGUUCUAUAAGAAUAUUUAUAUUUUAUUUAUUUUUUGAAGCAAGUUUAAUUCCUACCUUAUUUUUAAUUUUAGGUUGAGGAUAUCAACCUGAGCGAUUACAAGCUGGAAUUUAUUUAUUAUUUUAUACUUUAUUAGCUUCUUUACCUUUAUUAAUUGGAAUUUUUUAUACUUUAUAUUUUUUAAAUAGUUUAUCUUUUACUUUAUUGUUAAAUUAUAGAUUUAUAAAUAUAAAUUUAUUAUAUUUAUCUAUAAUUUUUGCUUUUUUAGUUAAAAUACCAAUAUUUUUAGUUCAUUUAUGAUUACCUAAGGCUCAUGUUGAAGCUCCCGUUUCUGGUUCAAUAAUUUUAGCUGGUAUUUUAUUAAAAUUGGGGGGAUAUGGUCUUUUACGAAUAUUUUCAUUGUUACAAAAUUCUGGAGUUAAAUAUAAUUAUUGAUGAAUUAGAAUUAGUUUAGUAGGAGGAGUAUUAAUUAGUUUAGUUUGUUUACGACAAACAGAUUUAAAGGCUUUAAUUGCAUAUUCAUCAGUAGCUCAUAUAGGAAUUGUUUUAAGAGGGUUAUUAACUAUGACUUAUUGAGGAUUAACAGGAUCAUAUGCAUUAAUAAUUGCUCAUGGGUUAUGUUCAUCAGGAUUAUUUUGUUUAGCAAAUAUUUCUUAUGAACGAAUAGGAAGUCGUAGUUUAUUAAUUAAUAAGGGGUUAUUAAAUUUUAUACCUACUUUAAGUUUAUGGUGAUUUUUAUUAUGUUCAGGUAAUAUAGCUGCUCCUCCAACUUUAAAUUUAUUAGGAGAAAUUUCUUUAUUAAAUAGAAUUGUUGCUUGAUCAUGAGUUUCUAUAAUUAUAUUAUCUUUAUUAUCAUUUUUUAGAGCUGCAUAUUCAUUAUAUUUAUUUGCUUAUAGACAACAUGGAAAAAUUUAUUCUGGAGUUUAUUUUUUUUCUGUUGGGUCUGUUCGAGAAUUUUUAUUAUUAAUAUUACAUUGAUUACCUUUAAAUUUAUUAAUUUUAAAAAGUAAUUUUUGUAUAUUAUGAAUUUA